UUGUGUAGAGAUGGGCGUGACUGAAAUGAGCUCCACCACUUUUCAAUAACUUGCCUGCUGCAGGAGCCGGCCGGCUGCUGAUCCCAAGGCUACAGAAGACAUGGAGUCAAAGAUGCUUGUUGUCGUGUCAAUAUUGUCUGCUCGUAACUUCCCCCGACGACCGGACUGCUCACUUCUAAUUGAAGCCCACCUAAACGGUGAGGUUUUGACCUCUGACCCUGUCCCCCAUUCCAGUGGAGUGAUGGUGGUCAACACUGAGCUAGCCUGGGAGAUGAACAAGAAGGCGUUUCAACAACACAAGCUCCACAGGACGCCCAUUAAACUGCUGGUGUUUGCGCUGGACAACAAGUCUCACUCCAGGCAGAAGGUGGGUUAUGUCAUGUUGGACUUGAGGACUGCUCAGCCAUCUUCUCGACUGGAUCCAUCUUGGUAUGGAGUACUCAACUCGUUGUACUCUCGUCUCAAGCCACAGCUCCAGGUGGGCGUGUCCCUGGAGGACGAAGUGGCCCCUCCCACCACCACUGAUGAAUCACAACAGUCAGAGGAGGCGUCAGUUACAAGUUUUCCUCUCUCAUUGAACCUUGACCCCAGCGGUGACUUCUACACCCUUGGCUCCGAGUCACAUGACCACACUCUACACACACUCUCAUUCACACUCAGCAACGCCCAACAUCUCCCAUCCCCUCCGUCCAAUCAGAUCUACUUCUACUACAAUCUCCUUGGCAACGACAUAACGUCCGAGUUAUUUACUUCACCUUUGUUCUCACCGGAAUGUGCCUCCAUUCGAAUAAAGUCCAGUCGAGAAUUACUCGCAUUGCUCUUUGCUGCUCAGAAGGAUGUCGAGGUCCACCUUUGCUCUGGUACUGACAGUUUGUGUAAUGGCAGUCUCUCCCUCUCUGGCCUCGCCUCUAACGACCUCAUCAGUGUCACAGUACCCCUUGGAAACGGUGGUUGCACAGUGGAUAUCAGUGUUAAGUUGGAGCUGACUGCAUCAGGUCCCCUCACACUAUCCACACAGUCCCCCUACACGCCCUCACAACUCCCACCGCCCACACAAGCCCCACCACCCUCACAACUCCCACCACCCUCACAGUCACCCCCACUGAUCUCCCCGACAUCACUACCUUCAGCCAAGAGAAACCUCACCCGGUCAUUCGAAGAUGCUUCUCUGCCCACUCUUUCUCUCUCAGUACAAUCAGGUACUACUACACCACUUCGAGAAGAACCGAAAUCUCCAAUACACAAAGUAUCUCCACUCUCUCCAAGCGUAGUCCCACCCAUAACUGUGACGACCAAUCACAAUCCAUCCUCUAACGCUUCUCCUCUGAAACUCACUUCCCUUGCCACAGCAAAACUAACAAAUGCAACUGUCAAGAAACUAACGGGCCUGGAAUCUGCUAAUUUAAAAACAGCAGCACCAGCACGAGUGAGAGAGUCCGCUGUUGUCUCUGAUAUCUCUGUUCGGUUCAAGUUCUGCGUGGAUCUACGAAGUGUACAUAAUCUGAAGAUGGAACCACAAUACAAAUGCUACUUGAAAUACAGUUACCCGUUCUUUGGCAACUCCUACCCGGUUCUAAUACAGCCACCAGUGUUGCCUGUCAUUGGUACUGAUCAACAAUUCUCGCACUCGUUUUGCUCAUUUGAAUUUGCCACUCAAAUGCCUCGUUUGGAAGAGCACAUCACUCGGCAGCCCCUCACGGUGGAGGUGUGGCAGUUACAUGACCAAUCACAUGAUCAGAUCGUUGGACUUGCGCAGAUUCCAUUGGGUAGUGUGUUAUCACAUGACAGUUCUUUACUAGACGGAGGAGUUACGCGGCGAGUCUGCUCCCUGCGUGUCCCCAUCACGCCCCCACCACCCUCACAGUCUCACAGCCUCACACCCCCACUACCCUCACAGCCUCACACCCUCACACUCGGGUAUCUAAACGCUGUGCUUAUACUGGAGAACUUUGGUCCUGUAGUAUCUGAUGAUAAUGUUGUUGAAAUGAGAGCGGCGAAUGAAUCUGAUGGAGUGAGCAAGCCUAGUGAAGCUGGUGUGCAAAGUGGAGUGGGUGGUGGGGGACAAUCUUUGGUCGGCUCGUUAGAGUAUAAUACGGCAGUGGAGCUGGAGCUAUGGAAAGUGUCCCAACAAGAGGCUUUUGAAGAGCAGCUGAAAACUCGUGAAUCUGUUCACAUGACCAAACUUGGGGAGGAACUUCAAAGAAGAGAGGUGCAAAGACAGACCAUGCUUAAGCAGAAACUGGAUCACUACUCGUCUCUCGAGAGGCAACUGCAAGAUGGUCUUCAACAGCUGGCUGCUCAGCAGAGAGCUCUAGCAGAGAGAGAAGUCAAAGUACGGCAAGAGUCCGAGAGGGUGACACGAGAAAGGCAGCUGCUUCAGGACGAGGUUCAAAGGUCACAGACACACUUUAAAUCUCAGUGCGAGCAACAGAUUGAGAUUGAGAGGAUGAAGUCAUCAGAGUUCCAAUCACAAGUCUCCUCUCUUAAAAAACGAGUUCGAGAGCUAGAGGGCAAAGUUCAAUCUAGGGAGGCGGAGUUUGAGUUAUAUCGUCAGCAGGUGGUGACCCGCCCUGAGUCGCAGCUACACGCUGAGCUGAGUAUCCUGCAGCUGGAAAAGGUUGAGCUUGAUAGGAAACUGUCAGCUUUGGCCAAAUCUAAACAACACUACAAAGAACAGUGGACCAAAGCUCUGUCAGAGUUAGCCUCCUCUCGUCAGAGGGAGCAGGCAGCUGCUCGGGAGAGACUGCUGACUCAGCAACAAGAGCUGGAAGCCAUGAGAAUGCAGUACAUGGAGGCUGAGCAUCAGAACAGCCUCAGGCAACAACUGAACCAAGUCAAGAAUGAAGUCGAAAAGCUACAAGAACAAACAUUGUCCAAGCCACCUCCACUCUCUCACAACUCCCCGCCCACACAUUCACACCCCACACCGCCCACACCACACGACGAGGAGCCUAGCAGCACGCUAGACCCGAAUGUAGCUCGAUGGAUUGAAGAGCGGGACAUUCUCUUGCAGACUGGAGUCUAUUCCAAUACGGACACUACUAUACAGAGACUGGAUGCCAAGAUAAGACAGGCCAUGGGAAAGAAAACAGUUGCUUAUUAAGUAAUUCAAUCACACGACUUCCUUUUGCAUGCAUGUAAUUAUAAUUAUAGUAUCAUUUAUUUGAUUUGCAAAUUUAAUAAA